AUGGCUAAACCUGCAGGGAAAGACAAAAAGAUGAUACCAGACUGGACUAAGCUCCAUAAAGAGCUGCUUCAGAUUAUCAGCGGUAAAAUGAACUGUUUCGAUGUUGUUCAUGCUCGCUCCGUCAGCACCUUGUGGCGAUCCACAUUCUCAUUUCCGCCUUCCUUACUGUGUUCAAGUUACUCUCUCCCCACUUAUCCUGUCGAAAAGCAAGGCUUGUGCUCCCUCCAGAAGAUCCCUUUCGUCCUCGUUAUUGUCCCAGCGCUUACUGAUGAUGUUGAUGAGUCGUCUUCUGAGUGUUUUAUGGGAUUAGUUGGCCGAGAUGAGUCUGCUGAUUACAUGGAGGUUCCAUCUCCUCUUCAGUGCUCGCUAAGGGUGAAGAUGGCAAAAUCUGAUCCAACAUUAAUGAACAUGAUAGGCUCCCAGAUCUUAUCUCUUGGCCAUCAGGAGAGAGGAGAAGGAAGAGGAGAGUUCGUUGUGCUUCCUAGCUUCUUGGGAACUUUGUUCGUGUUAACAAGUGCUAAAAGGAAGUGGGUGCGGCUUCGGGGCGUUCCAAGUUCUCCAUGCACUGCAUUAGUCACUUUUAGAGGAAGGUUCUAUGCAUCUUUCCUUGGCAAGGACAUUUACGUUAUCCAUCCUUAUUCACUAGUAGCAGUUCGCCUGAUACGUCCAAACUUUAUCGAGGGAAGCAAUCAUCUCAUUACAGCUGGUGCUGAUGAGCUUUUCCUGGUUAAGAAAAGUACACCUAAUACUGGUCCAGUAACAUGUAGAGUGAGUAGGCAGGCUAACCAGCUUCCUGAUGGUUGUGGUGUGACCGGGAACUCGAUUUUGUUCCCGAAACGAGCAGGGGAUGAAACCUACUUCUAUGAGUAUGGACUACCUGAAGUUCCAAAAGAAAACGUGGUGGCUGAAUGGAGAAGCUCAAGAGAGAGACGUGUUAAAUUCCUUGAUUCUCAGGGGGCUUAUGCUUUCUGUGUUGAGUUUGAAUUCUAA